AAGGCCCGUGAGACUAACUCCCAAGAAUGACAAGCUAUUCUAUUCUUGGAAGCAGCUGAAAGAUCCAGAGGCCCCUGACCACCAAAUUGCCCUGUGAAAGUGGCAGAGACAUGGUCAUCUCCAACCAGAAGGGAAGACGGGGUGCUCUGUGGGAAGUCACUUCUGCACCUGUUGACAUUCUGAUGGGAUUUUUCAGUUGAAGAACGGCUCGGUCCAGCUUUCUGCACUACCAACCACUGGGAAGCUUCGUAUUUCAGUAACCCUCCUGUCAUUUAUCAGUCGGAAGAAGAGCCCGGGGACUCCCUGUGGAGGAAUAUAAAAAAAAAAAUCUGUGAAGUUUGAACAAGCGGCCUUCUCAAGAUGUACCGAGACUCUCCACUGAUGUCGACACCAGUAGCAAAUGACUCCAGGUCAGACGAAGGACCUUCUGGAAAGCUGUCUCCGACAUGCCUUUUCCCAAGCUUUACUUGUGACUUCCUGGAUGGAGACAGUUCUUUUGAAUGCUGCUCCAUAGACCCCCUGACAGGCUCCCACUAUAUCUGCCGCAGAAGCCCCCGACUCCUCACCAAUGGCUACUACAUUUGGACUGAGGACAGUUUCUUCUGUGACCCAGAUGGCCACAUCACACUGAACCCCUCCCAAACCAGUGUGAUGUACAAGGAGAACUUAGUUAGAAUAUUUAGAAAGAAAAAGAGAACUCACCGUUCUCUUUCUUCUCUCUUGGACCCCCGAGCCUCUAAGUCUUGGCUGCAUGGAAGUAUCUUUGGAGAAGUUGACUCACUCCCAAGUGAGGAUCUCUGGCUGGAUGGAAUCAGGAGCCUUGGAAGUGAUCUAGACUGUUCUCUGAGUGAUGGCUGGGAGUCUCAGAAGCCAGUCACAGACACUUCAGAAUCCUCCUCUUCUGGCUACAUCCUGCCUCAGUCUCUCAGAGAAAGCUCCCAAAGUUCCUCUCUUCAACUUCAGGUGAAAGCAUCAGGGCACUUCGAAAAGAACAGUUUGGAUCAUUCAAGAGCUGGUUUGAUGCAUAAGGUCUCCUUUCAGGCAAUCCUCCUAGCAGUGUGCUUAGUCAUUUCUGCAUACACAAGGUGGUUUGUGGGAGGAGAAUUAGCCAGCAUCUUUACAUGUGCAUUGCUGAUCACAAUAGCUUAUGUUGUGAAAUCACUGUUUCUCAACCUUGCCCGCUAUUUCAAAGCCACCUCCUGUGCUAGAUUUGACAGCACUUGAGGAAUACAUGCAAUGAAUGUCUUCGCUUUGAAUACCUGGGAACAGUAAUUUGUAGCCUUCUUGGAAUCAACCACUUUAUUGGAAGGGAACAAGCAAAUAUAAAAUAGAAAAAUUAAUUUGACAAUGUUAUUUUUUUCUGAAAAUCUUAAUUUCCACAUGUAAUAGUCAUUGGUUCAGGACAAUAAUAUUAAUUUUUCUUUCUUUCCAAAAACACUGUCAGUUGAAAGAGAAGGGAUAGGAAAAAGUAACAGAGGACAGACCACCUGGAGUAAUGUUUCCUCAUUGUCCCAAAUAUAAUGAACUUCAAACAUUUAUUUUAAUUAGAGAAUUUGUGAGAGGCCUGGACCAUGGGUAUAGCAUGUCUGCCAUCAUGCAGCUAUGCCUUGCUAACUUACUUUAACUAAACAAUGCAAACAAGCUUAUUAAUAUUCAUAAAAGCUGAAUAGGAAAUAGACACUGUUUGUACAUACAAUACAAUAAAUGGAUGCAUUUGAAAAUGUGCACAGAUUUUAGACGGUGAAAAAGGUGCUAUUGUUUGUCUCCAGAUGUCCAUGUGUUGAAACUUUCAUUGUCAAUGUGGCAAUGUUAAGAGGUGGUAGGACUUUUAAGAAAUCGGGCCAGUGGGAUAUCCUUACAUCUGAGGGAACUUCAUUCAGAAUGUGUAAAUGGUCAGUCCCUCAGUCUGUCUCUGGCUUUCUGUCCAGCUAUAUGAUCACUUCCUCCCAUGUCCAUCAUGUGAUGUGAUGUGAUGCUAUCUGCCUUGAAACUAUCACUAGAAUGAAGAAUAUGUUGUCACUAUGCAUAGGAACCUGCAGAACUGUGCGCCAAUGGAAUUCCUUUUCAUCACUCAGUGUUCUGCCUCGGGUAUUUUAUUAUAGUAAUGGAAAAUAGACUAAGAAAGCGGCAGAUCAUUGAACAGGGGAGAGCCAUUCCUUAGACUAUGAAUUUUUCUCUUGAUCAAUUUUUCUUACUAGGUUUUAUUUUUUAAAUUUCUGGGGAGUAAUGAUCAUCUUUUAUUCACAUUGUGAUGAAAAUAUGAUAUAUAAAAAUUCUUUAAGUACAAAAUAAAGGAAAAACUAGUGUUUUAAAGCACAUUAAAUAAUAAAGCUGUAUAAUGGGCUGUAAGGUUAUAAAAGAUAUUCAGUAUUCUUACCUCUUACCAAGAACUUUCAGAUAUAACCUGUUGAGGAUGCUCCAUGCUGAGCAAUGUCUAUGUAUAGAAACUACAUGCUUUAAAAUUAAUAUCAAAUUAAUACCUUUUGUGUCUAUGAUUGUUAAUAUUCAUUAUCAUCUUGACUGCAUUUAGCAUCACCCACGAGACUAACCUUUAGUUAUGUCUACAUAGUUGUUUCUAGAGAGGUUGAAGGAAGAAGACCUACUCUGAACUUGGGUACCAAUAUCCCAUGGGCAGAACAAAAAGAAUAAAAAUUUCCUUGACAGAAUAAAAACGACGGAGGGAACAAGAGAGCACCAGCAUUCAUCUUUCUCUCUCUUUUUUGACUGUGGACACAAUGUCACUGUUCACCCAGGUUCUGGCUCCUUGUCUGCCUGUCAUGAGCUGUAUCCUCUUAAACUUUGAGUCAAAUAAACCUUUCUUUUCUUAAGUUACUUCUGUCUGGUGUUUUGUCAAAGCAGUAAGAAAGAUGACCAAUAUAAUGCCAUUUUGUUUCUGUACUUUUUUGGUUGAAUAAACUUCUACUAAUGAAU